GUUUCACUAAUGACGUAACCUCUCCUUAGCUUUGACAACAAGCAGAAGGGGCAAACGAGCGGUUGAAACAUCGACCAGCCUAGUUGCCUACAUUGUCAGUAGGGCACUGUAGCCAUAUUAUUCACGGUAGAACAUACUCAGUAUCUGACGACCCUUUAGGAACAAACUACGAUUUCCGAAAAUCGCUCAACUCUCUGUAAGGCUUCUCUGUUUGUGGAGUUGCUAUUUCCUGAGCGGAAGGGGGUGUCGUUUUAUAAGAAGAGGGGAUUUACUGUGACGAGUCCACGAUGAAUCCCGAAUAUGACUAUUUAUUCAAGCUGCUCCUGAUCGGUGACUCUGGUGUCGGAAAGUCAUGUCUUCUACUCCGAUUUGCAGAUGACACAUACACAGAAAGCUACAUAAGCACAAUUGGAGUAGACUUCAAAAUACGAACUAUAGAAUUAGACGGAAAGACCAUUAAACUUCAAAUCUGGGACACGGCGGGGCAGGAGAGGUUUCGCACAAUCACAUCCAGCUACUACAGAGGAGCCCACGGCAUUAUCGUAGUCUACGACGUCACAGACCAGGAGUCCUUCAACAAUGUCAAGCAGUGGCUACAGGAAAUCGACCGCUAUGCCAGUGAAAAUGUCAACAAGCUAUUGGUGGGGAACAAGUGUGACCUGACCACAAAGAAAGUGGUGGAUUACACAACAGCAAAGGAGUUUGCAGACUCCCUGGGCAUCCCCUUCUUGGAAACGAGUGCCAAGAGCGCCACCAAUGUGGAGCAGGCCUUCAUGACCAUGGCUGCUGAGAUCAAGAAGAGGAUGGGGCCCGGGGCCACGACCGGAGGCAACGAGAAGUCCAAUGUCAAGAUCCAGAGUACGCCUGUCAAGCCUGCCUCGGGGGGCUGCUGCUGAGAGAGAACCCCACCAACACCUCUACCCCCACCUCAAGCACCCCCCUCUAGCCUGUCAGCCCCCUCCACCUGGCCCAAUUUUCCACCAUGCCCCACCUUCCUAGCCUAACCGUAACCGAGAGGGAAAGUCUGAUAGAAGUUGUGUGUGCGAGAGGGAAAACAAAAUGAAGUUGCCUGAAUUUGUACUGUAGCCGCACUACCAAGAAAAUAAAUCAUUAUCCCCUCUCCCUUAUUUCCCUGGUAAUUGAUCAUUAGUAGUACUUUCUAGGCAAUCUGUUAGCAGUCAGAUGGACAUGUCCCUCACUGGCCCCCUCCUGGAGAGGCUUUACCCCCACCCUUCCCCGGACCACCUCAGAGACAACUGAUUUUGUUUGCCCCCUCACCCCCGCAGUUAACACCCCCCUCUGUGUGCAGGGUUAUGAGAAUAAUGUGUGUGUAUCUCACUGCAUUUCUACGUCGGGAUUGGUCUGUGGUCAAAUUCAAUUAUGUUUUCUAUUCUUCUGUCCCAGUCUUUUUUCUUCGCUUUCCUUUCCUGUUGGUUAUUUUACGGUUUGUGUCGGCAUGUCUCUCUAAGGUGUUUAUUCGCGAAUAUGAGUGUCAGCCAACUGCACAAGUCUCUCACUGUCUCGUGAAAAAGUACUGAAAAAUAUACCAGUACCAGUCAAGCGUUUGGACACCUACUCAUUCAAGGGUUUUCAUUUGGACUAUUUUCUACAUUGUAGAAUAAUAGUGGACAUCAAAACUAUGAAAUAACACAUGGAAUCAUGUAGUAACCAAAAAAGUGUUAAACAAAUCGAAAUAUAUUCUUCAAAGUAGCCACCCUUUGCCUUGGUGACAGCUUUGCACAAUGUUGGUAUUCUCUCAACCAGAUUCAUUAGGUAGUCACCUGGAAUGCAUUUCAACUAACAGAUGUGCAUUAAUUUGUGAAUUUUUUUCCUUAAUGCGUUUGACCCAAUCAGUUGUUGUGACAAGGUAGGGGUGGUAUACAGUUGAUAGCCCUAUUUGGUAAAAUACUAAGUCCAUAUGGCAAGAACAGCUCAAAUAAACAAAGACUAAUGACAGUCCAUUAUUACUUUAAUACAUGGUCAGUCAAUCUAUAAAAAUUCAAGGAAUUUGAAAGAUUCUUCAAGCGCAUUCACAAAAACCAUCAAGCGCUAUGAUGAAACUGACUCACGAGGACUGGCUCAGAGUUACCUCUGCUGCAGAGGAUAAGUUAAUUAGCAUUAACUGCACCUCAGAUUGCAGCCCAAAUACAUGCUUC